GUCUUCUGCUUCUGGUUUCCGGCUGUGCUUGCCAUCCGGGACGGCAGCCUCUCUGAGAUGGCGAAACAGAGCACUCAGUGCAGGGGCGAAGGAUAUUCCUGCGAGGGCGAUGGAGAUUGCUGCUCCAGCGUCAAAGGGCUUCGCUGCCUCUUCCGGGACAUGAUCACACAGGAAUCGAAGGGUUCGUCUCCCGCUCUGGAGCAGUUCGACACCGCAACUCGAAACUGGCAAGAUAAGAAGAAAGGGAUCUGCGCGCUGAGCCACGUCGACAACGGGGUUGUGGUCUUCCAGGGGAAAGGAGACAACUGCGAGAACGACUUUGACUGCGACCCGUUCCUUUCCCUGACCUGCAAGAACUCUGCAUGUGUUGAUUGA